AUGCUAGAUCUGGGCCUGGGGAGGGGCCUUUGUCUGCAUCCCUGUUCCUGGCAAGGGGAGAAGGAAACCUCUCCCCAUGGGGAAUCUGGUGUCCAGGGGGCUCCUGGAAGCACUGGCCACAUACUGCUCCCCACAGCCCCUGUCCUGCAUGGGCAGAGCUGUGCAUCUCUCGUCUCGCGCAGGCUGGCGUUGUACGUGUACGAGUACCUGCUGCACGUGGGAGCCCAGAAAUCUGCACAGACCUUCCUCUCGGAGAUCCGAUGGGAGAAGAACAUCACGCUGGGGGAGCCCCCGGGGUUCCUGCACUCCUGGUGGUGCGUGUUCUGGGACCUGUACUGUGCGGCACCGGACCGCCGGGAGACGUGUGAGCACUCCAGCGAAGCCAAGGCCUUUCACGACUAUAGUGCCGCGGCGGCCCCCAGCCCCGUGAUGGGGAACAUGCCCCCGAAUGACGGCAUGCCAGGAGGACCCAUGCCACCCGGUUUCUUUCAGGGACCUCCGGGCUCUCAGCCAUCACCGCACGCACAGCCUCCGCCCCACAACCCCGCCGCCCCCAUGCUGGGGCCCCACAGCCAGCCUUUCAUGUCCCCUCGCUACCCUGGCGGCCCCCGGCCAUCGCUCCGCAUGCCAAACCAGCCGCCUGUGGGGGUCCCGGGUUCCCAGCCGCUGCUGCCCAACACCAUGGACCCCAGCACGAGAUCGCAAGGGCAUCCGAAUAUGGGGGGCCCGAUGCAGCGGAUGAACCCCCCGCGAGGCAUGGCGGGGAUGGCUCCUCAGAACUACGGCAGCGGGAUGCGGCCCCCGCCCAACUCACUGGGCGGCCCUGGCAUGCCCACCAUGAACAUGGGCCCAGGAGGGCGAGCGCCGUGGCCAAACCCCAACACCAACUCUAUCGCGUACUCCUCCUCGUCACCCGGGAGCUACGUGGGCCCUCCAGGAGGCGGCGGCCCCCCCGGAACCCCCAUCAUGCCCAGCCCAGGAGACUCCACCAACUCCAGCGAGACCAUGUACACCAUGAUGAACCCUAUCGGGCCCGCUGGGAACCGGCCGAACUUCCCCAUGGGGCCUGGCCCCGAUGGGCCCAUGGGAGGCAUGAACACCAUGGAGCCCCAUCACAUGAACGGAUCCUUAGGCUCUGGCGACAUGGAUGGGCUGCCAAAGAGCUCGCCGAGUAACAUGGCGGGGCUGAGCAACCCGCCCGGGACUCCGCGGGACGACGGCGAGAUGGGCGGCACCUUCUUAAACCCCUUCCAAAGCGACAGUUACUCGCCCAGCAUGACAAUGAGCGUGUGAUCGGCUC